AUGUGCACUUUGGGGCAACAGAAAGAGGCUCAACAAAUGCUGACGGAGAUGUUGGGGAACAACAUACCUCCUACCACUGAGACCUACAACAUGUUGAUUGAUAUGCACUGUAAUGGCAAGAAUGGACAAAUUGACGAGGCAAUUACAACAGUGAAGCAAAUGGGGAAUACUGGAGUGGUCCCUGAUAUUAUUACAUACAGUAUCCUAAUGGAUGGUUUCUGUGAAGCUAAGGGCCUUAGAGAAGCGAUGGACAUCUUCUCCUUUCUCACAGCUAGAGGGCUGCAUGAUGUGUAUGGUUACAACAUAAUGAUAAAAGGGUUUUGUAAAGAAGGGUUGCUAGCAAAAGCCGAUGAAUUACUGAAGAAUAUGGAGGACAAUGGAUGCUUUCCAAAUGAAUGCACUUUCAAUACAAUUAUUAGAGGAUUUAUAGAUGGAAAGGAUGUUAAGAGAGCUUUAGAGCUUAUCAGCUUAAUGAGAAAAAAAGAGUUUGCCGCUGAUAAUCACACAGUAUCAUCAUUGGUGAGCUUACUCACUGAUCCAAAUAUUGGUGAUGCAGACAAGGAAAAGACCUUAAUAUCUGUGAUCUGUAACAAUUGUUUUUUACUAAUCUUUGGGCUUGCUUUUACUGGAAUGGUGCUCAUGGAAACAGAUGUGGAUUAA